CUACAGCGUGAGUGCAUUUCCAUUCACAUUGGCCAGGCCGGCACCCAGAUUGGAAAUUCAUGUUGGGAGCUCUACUGUUUGGAGCAUGGCAUCCAGCCAGACGGUCAGAUGCUCGGCACCAUGCAUGGUAGAGGUAGAGAUGACUCCCUCAGCACCUUCUUCAGUGAGACUUUUUCUGGAAAACAUGUUCCCAGAACUAUUUUUGUUGACCUGGAGCCAACAGUCAUUGAUGAAGUGCGAAGUGGAAAGUACCGCCAGCUCUACCACCCUGGGCAGCUGAUCACAGGUAGAGAGGAUGCAGCAAAUAACUUUGCUCGUGGUCGCUACACUGCUGGACAGAGUGUCAUCGAAGAGGUUAUGGAUAGGACUCGUAAACUGGCUGAACAGUGCACAGGGCUCCAGGGUUUCUUAAUCUUCCGGUCCUUUGGAGGAGGAACUGGCUCAGGCUUCACCUCUAUGCUGAUGGAGCGUCUCUCUGAAGAGUACAAUAAAAGGUCCAAGCUGGAGUUUUCCAUCUAUCCAGCUCCUCAGGUGUCCACAGCUGUUGUUGAGCCCUACAACUCCAUCCUGACCACCCAUACCACCCUGGAGCACUCCAGCUGCACUUUUCUGGUGGACAAUGAGGCCAUCUAUGACAUCUGCCGAAGGAAUCUCGACAUGGAACGCCCCUCCUACACCAACCUCAACAGGCUGAUGGGACAGGUUGCCUCUUCCAUCACCGCCUCCCUGCGCUUCAGCGGUGCCCUGAAUGUCGACCUGAUUGAGUUCCAGACCAACCUGGUGCCUUACCCUCGUAUCCACUUCCCUCUGGUCACCUAUGCCCCAGUUAUCUCUGCAGAGAAGGCCUAUCACGAGCAGCUCUCUGUGGCCGACAUCACAAAAGCCUGCUUCGAGCCAACCAACCAGAUGGUGAAGUGCGACCCUCGUCACGGUAAGUACAUGGCCUGCUGCCUCCUGUACCGUGGAGACGUGGUGCCUAAGGAUGUCAACUCUGCCAUCGCCACCAUCAAGACCAAGCGCACCAUCCAGUUUGUGGACUGGUGUCCCACAGGCUUCAAGGUGGGCAUCAACUACCAGSCCCCCACUGUGGUUCCUGGUGGAGACCUGGCCAAAGUGCAGAGAGCUGUGUGCAUGCUGAGCAACACCACUGCCAUCGCAGAGGCCUGGGCUCGACUGGACCACAAGUUUGACCUCAUGUACGCCAAGAGGGCCUUUGUCCACUGGUACGUCGGAGAGGGAAUGGAGGAGGGAGAGUUCUCUGAGGCCAGAGAGGACAUGGCUGCUCUGGAGAAGGAUUACAAAGAGGUUGGAGCCGACAGUGUUGGCGAUGACAGCGAGAAGCAUUAAUAGAUAACUCCCUGU